AUGGCGUCGCAGUUCAGCAACCUGCUCUUCCUCGACCAUGUUUUGAAUUUCACGGAUAUUAUGAUUAUGCAUCAUACAGAUUGUUCCGCCCAGCUUUUUGGUAAUGAAGGCGUCUGUCAGGUGCUAGCGGAGCGUGCCCCAGGUGCUAGUCGCGAGGUUGAGAAUCUUAAACUUCCGGGGUUUGAAGAUCUCGAGCGCAGUGUCCAGGAGGAUGUACAGCUGGUGAAGAGCUCACCACUUGUUCGCAAGGAACUUGCUGCACGAACAAGGGGCUUCGUAUAUGACCUCAAGACUGGAGAGGUUAAGCCUGUGCCGGAAGCAAGUUUUGUUUUAGUCAAGUGA